AAGUUGGGGACACCGAGGGGGGGGAGGGGGUGGCAGCGCCAUGGAGGUGACACUGGGGACACUGGUGGUGGCCCUGGGGACGCUGCUGCUGCUGCUGGGGGGCCCCGCCGAGCCCCUCCCUGUCCCCGAGCCUUGGGGACAGGCGGUGACGUCACUGCUGCAGUCGCUGCUGCCCGCGGGGACAGCUUGGGGACAGGAGGGGACAGCGCGGGGACAGGAGGGGACACGGCCCCGGGGCUUGGGGACGUGGCUCCAGGACUUGGGGACGUGGCUCCAGCGACACCCGGGACGUCCCCAAGCGCCGAGGGGACCUUGGGGACAUCCCCGAGCCCCGGCGGGAGCCUGGGGACGUCCCCAAGGAGCGGCCACGUGUCCCCAAGAGGAGGGGACAGCAGCGGGGACACGGCCCCAGGGACAGGGGACAGGUCCCCAAGGAGCGGGGACAGCGGGGACACGUCCCCAAGGGCCACCUCUGUCUGUCCCGGGACAGGGGACACGUCCCCAAGGGCCACCCCUGUCUGUCCCGGGACAGGGGACAGCGGGGACACGGCCCCAGGGACACCGGACAUGUCCCCAAGGGCCACCCCUGCCCCUCCUGGGACAGGGGACAGGUCCCCAAGACCAGGGGACAGGUCCCCAACAGGAGGGGACACGUCCCCAGUGGCCGCUGCCACCUCCCCCGGCACAGGGGACAGGUCCCCAAGGGGAGGGGACACGUCCCCAGGGCCACCCCCCCCGGCAGGGGUGGCCGAGGGUGGCACCGCCCGGCGACAUCGGGAGCCGCGACACGUCCAGGGACAGCGAGGACAGCGCCAGCCGCGGUUGGGGACACUCGGAGGAGCUGCGGCGGCCGCUGUAGCGCCGGGGGUGUCGCCGUGUCACCGUCCCAGUGCCACUGUCGCCGUGUCACCGUCCCCGAGUCCGCCUGGUGCCACGCGGUCCCUGUCACCUGGCCCCUCCCUGUCGCGAUGUCCCCGCCCUGUCCCCUCCUUGUCCCCAUUCCGAUGUCCCCUCCCUGUCCCCGUGUCCCCUCCCAGUCCCGAUGUCCCCUCCCUGUCGCGGUGUCCCCUCCCUGUCCCCCAUGUCCCCAUCGCGAUCUCCCCGCCCUGUCCCCUCCUUGUCCCCCUGUCCCCUCCCCGUCCCGAUGUCCCCAUUCCGAUGUCCCCUCCUUGUCCCCGUGUCCCCUCCCUGUCCCCUCCCUCUCGCGAUGUCCCCUCCCCAUCCCGAUGUCCCCUCCCUGUCCCCAAUGUCCCCGUCCCGAUGUCCCCUCCCUGUCGCGGUGUCCCCUCCCUGUCCCC